CUGCCGGGAGACGUUAUCUGCCGUUCGUUAGGGCCGAGGAAACCCUCGGGAGGGCGGCGACGAGGGCCGUGCGAUCGCCGCGCGUCCCUGUGCCUGUGCUCUCCUUCCACAGGCGCGUGGUGUCCGCCAUGGAAGCGCAUCCGGUCGCCGCCGGGGUCUCCCGGCACCGCGUCCCAGGCUCUCGGGAGCGGUGAGGGGGUAGCGGCAUUCCUCGACACGCCUCUGCCCGCGCUCCGCCCGCCGCGGCGUGAAGAAGGGUCGGCCGGGUUGGCCCGCCGGCCGCGGUGUCUGCCCCGCGCCGCCCCGCCCCGCCCCCUGGGGGCGCCCGCCUCCCAUGCCGCCCCGGCGCCGCGCUGCGCCCGGAGCCCGCCGCUGAAGCCGGGGACUCGCGCGCCCACCGCCCCGCCGCUCGGAGCCGGACGCCCCUCCGCCCCCAAGAUGUGGCACAACGUCGGGCUGACCCUGCUGGUGUUCGUGGCCACGCUGCUGAUCGUCCUGCUGCUGAUGGUGUGCGGUUGGUAUUUUGUGUGGCAUCUUUUUCUAUCGAAAUUCAAGUUUCUGCGGGAACUGGUGGGAGACACAGGAUCCCAGGAGGGAGAUCAUGAACCUUCAGGGUCUGAAACCGAAGAAGACGCUUCCUCCUCUCCACACAGGAUCAGAUCUGCUCGCCACAGGAGGGUGCCUGCUGAGGAAGGCCACUGACCCCACCGUCACCCUGUGGGAGUGACUGAUGGAAGGCAGCGAUCCUCGGUCUUUGCAGUUGCUAAAAUAUUGAAGAGCAUUUGUAGUUGGACUUCAAGUCCCAUUCAAAACAAAGAUUUACAUGUAAGCCAUAUGAACAUAAAGGGAAUUUAAACCAAAUUGGACCAUUACAAAUUUUAUGUUAAAGAUAAUCUUUUGCUUUACUAGCUUUUACUUAUAUACUUAUUCCUUGGCUCUUGGUCUUAUUGUUUUUGCACUUAUGUGAAUCUGUUAAACAUUACAGGCUUGAACACUGUAUUUUAUUAGUUCUAUAAUGUACUCUUUCCCCUCCCCACACACACAUUUUAACUUUUCUGAACUUGGGAUGCAUCUCACUCACUAUUCCUGUCAACCAGGCAAUAGCUAGCUGAUAAAUAGCCUGUGUGUGUGUGUGAGUUCACAGCUUGUCAUAGUGUCAUCACUGUGUCAUUGCUAUCAAAUGUGUCAGAUUUCAUUGGCAUUUAAAAAUGUCUCCUGAAAGAUUUCACUGUGAUUCAGCACUGAAAUGAAGUUGUGUAUGCAGAUAAGCAUGGAAGCAGAGCAGUGGGGCAUACAUUUGAUAGUAGCGAAGAAAAUAUCCGUCGCUGGAGAAAUGACUGCAAUUCCAUAUUUUCUUGUAAAGCAACAAAAUGCUUUCCAGGCCCUAAGAAGGGAAGAUAACCACAAGUAAAGUUGUACUACAUUUUGUCACUGAGACACAUGCGGAAGGAUUGCCUGUCACACGCUAAGUGAUGCAGUGAAGGUGGGAGAAAUUGCCAAAACCUUGGAAUAGAUGAAACACAACUCAAAGCAGUGAGAGGCUGGUUCGAUCGAUUCCUGUCAGGCAGGACCGUCGUCAUUAAGGCGUCAAACAUGUUUGUCCAAAGCUUCUGCUGUCAUUAAGCAGAAGACAGUGGUAGAGCACCCUUUCCAGAAAUGCUUUUGAUGACGCCAAGGGGGCCGCUGUGAGGAGAGGCAGGUAUCGGUGACUGAUGUAAGAAGUGAUUCAUAAAAGUUGCACUCAGAGUAUGAAGUUAUAGUAUAACUUAACCAGUUUAUUUCAUAACACUUACAUAUGCACAAGACUGUGAUAAAAGUCUGUUUAAUUCAAAAAGUUCUGUUUCAGUAAAUAUAAAAUAAACAUUCUACGUGAUACGAAAGCAUUGUGUCAUAAUUUGAUGGCCUGUGUUUUUUCCUUAGUGAUACAUAUGGUGCAUCUGACAAGUGAUGGUAUCUUAGCUUAAAUAAGAAAUAGUUUGUACAUUUAUUUUUUUCUAGGAUAACUAUUACUAACUUAAUUCUAACUCUUAUAAUGUUAAAAUAGUUAUCCUCUAUGAGACAUUUUUUUGGCAACCUAUUCAAGACUUUAGUAGCUUUGGAAUCUGAGAACUGUCUUCUACUUUGGGGAGGUAGGAUUAGUCACUCCCUUUGUAUGGAAGGACUUCAUGCUCAAGGCAUGUGUCGUGGAGAAAACACUUCUUCACAAAUAGCAGUUCAGUGGCAAGAUCCCAGAGACAGGAUUGGGGGAAAAUGGAGAGUGGGUGAAAAUGCCUGCUUCGCUGUAAACUGACUUGCCAGGUCUGCAUAUUUGUCCUCAUUGAACUUUGGACUGAGUGUUUACUGGGGAAGAGAUAUGGAUUAAAGAACCUUUCUGUUUACUGUUACCUGCUUUGUACAAGAGUGAAUUGUAAAGCCAACUUAUUUUACUAAUUCAAGUUCUUUUUAUAUGUUUAAUCUUCGUUUCUAAAGAACUGGUCACCACUAUUUUCUGACGGUGUGUAAUUAUGUUUGGUACCUCAUACUUCAUGCUGACAGUUUUGUUAAUAGUUCACUUGCUCUGACCCAAGUGGUAUUCCUGGUGCACACUUCUGUUGUCAUUGUAGCCCUUUGUAUAUACGGAAAGGGAAUUCACAGAGCAUAACUUCAAUUUUAGAUAUGUGCUACAGGCAGAUCCCCAGCAGCUGAGAGUGGGGCAUAAUCUUUCUAUUUUCGUUUCUUUAUUGGAUGCCAUUUUCUAUUUUUAUGUGACUGUAGGAAUUAAAAACAAUGACACAAAUUUCAUGCAUUAAUUUUAGUGCUUCCUACUAGCUAAGUAUUGCAUUAAAAUGAUCAUCAGUUAGAAAAAAAGCCUAAAAAUCUUCUUGGUACUGGGAGGAUUCAAUUAGAUCUUUCAUACUCUAGUAUUUUGAACUGUGGAUUCUGCUUUAUAGUGGACUAGAGGCCUGGUGCAUGGAUUCGUACACCAGUGGGGUCCCUCAGCCUGGCCUGCGGGGAUCAGUGGACCUCCACACCGCCACAGCCUGGCCUUACCUGCCAGCUUGUUAGGCUCCAGCCCGCUGUCUGCAUCGAUCCCGCACAGCACGAAGUAGUGGGAGAAGCGGCAGACAGCAGGGGAGGAGCCUGAGCCCAGGCUGGGCGCUGCGUCGCUCCCGCUCAUCCUGGCCCUGCUGUGCCCACCACCGUGGCCACACUCAGGCGUGCAGGGGGAGUGUCCACGGGAGAGGCUCACGCCGCCACAGCUGCGCUCGCCAGCUGUGAGCCUGGCAUCUGGCACCCGUUUGUCAGCUGAGCGGCGCUCCCGCUGUGGGAGUGCACUGACCACCAGGGGGCAGCUCCUGCAUUGAGUGUCUUCCCCCUGGUGGUCCGUGCAUGUCAUAGUUACCAGCCGGUCGUCUGGUCACUUAGGCUUUUAUAUAUAUAGAUAUCUUAGGUUUAGAGAAUAAUUGCUGACAGCUUUUAAGUAGCUGGCCGAGCUUCCAUACUGUUACCAGUAUUAAAAACAUGGCCGAUGUAAUCCCUCAAAAUCUACAAGUGUCAUCCACAAAUUAAACAAUUUAAUCCAUGUAAAGGUAUAUAUGUUGGUAUUAUUUAUUAAUAUUUAUGCUUCAAAAAUGUCUUUUUAAAAAUAAUUGUAAGAAAUGUUCUGCUUUAUUUUUUGGGAAAAUAUAGUCAAAAGCAUUUUAACAGCUCACACCCUACCAUGUUUUAACUCUCAAGAGAGUUAAAUCCCUGAUGCCAAUAUGAAAAUCCUCCAAACUAAUUCCUUUGUUUAAAACCUUUUUUCUCCUCUGUACUCCUCUGCCCUCAAUAUUCUCACUAUAGCACAUAUUUCUAAGGCCACUGAAAGAGACAAGAGAAAUACUUGUUAGAAUUAUUUGUGUGGUGUAGUGUUUCUGUUUUUUACCCGUUUUAGAGCUUUUGUAGCUGAACUUAGCGGAACUUCAUAAGGGCAUUUUCAGUUUCUCAGUAGGAGAUGGACUAGCCUGUGGUUAAUUUUAAAGUUCAGAAGUUCUGAGCAUUAAAAAUGCGGUCAAGUGUUAGUCGUGUCUAAAUACUCAUUAACAAUGAUGUUGAUCAGGUAUACCAUCUUUUGAGGAGUAAUUUUAAAAUUGAGGACUCGUCAGUUGUUUUUAUUACCUUCCCAACUAACCAUUCCCAAGUCUUUCUCUUUGCCUCUGAAACUCUUGUGAAAAUUUCAGGUAUCAAAUAUAUUGGUAGCAUUACUCUGACUUAAAUGCCAAAAAACACUAAAUAUUUGUGUAGCACUGUUAAGUGAGGUUUUUAAUAUUUAUGUCCAGUUAAAAAUAGAAUGCAUUCAGUGGAUUUUAUAGUGUUUUCAUGGUGGAAACAUAAAUAUGUUAUUUGGAGGAUAGCCAAUUCACAGGUGUGCCGACCCAUUUCUUUAGAUAUUUUUAGGUUUUAAAACAGCUUCAAACUGUUACUUUGUUGAAAGUUGAGAAUAUAUUAAAUAAUGGUUUCACAAAUAUGGCAUUUUAAACCAAAACAUGUUAAAUGAUUUGAAAGUAGUAAUUUUUACUUUUAAAAGCAACAUUUAAAAAAUUAUUUUAAGUCAGUGAUGCAGUAUUUUUUGAAGUCAGUUUUUCUGAAGUUAUAUUUUAAUGUAACAUGUAACCAAUGUAACUUCAGACUUUCACUGUAAACUUUUAUAUUUGAAGUUCACUUAAAAAGCCAGUGAAGCCCAAUUGGUGUGGCUCCAGUGGUUGAGCAUUGACCUAUAAACCCAGAAGGUCAUGGUUCCAUUCCUAUUCAGGGCACAUGCCUGGGUUAUGGGCUCCAUCCUCAGUGUGGGACGUGCAGGAGACAGCCAAUCAAUGAUUCUCAUCAUUGAUGUUUCUCUCUCUCCCUCUUCCUUUCUUUCUGAAAUCAAUAAAAAUAUAUUUUAAAAAAGCCAAUGAACAAUACUAAUAUAUUAUAGACUCAAGCAGCUAAUGGAAUAGUAUUUUGUUAUGGAGUCUAGAAUGAAAGCACCUUGUAUUGUCUGCUUCUAAAGUAUCUUACAGCUUCUACAGCAUAUAGAGUAACAUUUUAUCUUAAUAAAAGUUACAUUUUCCAUGUGUUAAUGUACAUGUGCUUCCUGUUUUAUGGCCAAUGUUGAAUAUUACCCUCCAAGUCAGUUGUAUGCAUAACCACUCACCAAAUACUGCUCCUGUGGUUUCUUAAAGGAGACAUUCUGUGCUGUGCUAUGACGCAUUGUCAUCUCACUGCUUGACAAAUAGGUUUAUAAGGAAUUAAAAUUGUGUGUUAAUAGUUCUUUGUAUAAUAAUAUGUAAAAUUAGAGAUGAGGAGUGAUCAUUCACUGUUUUUGUUUUAAAACUGGUCAAUACUAUACCUAAAGCCUCUGUGGUUUGUUUGUAUGAUGUUUUAACUGUUACUUUAAACCGCACAGAAUAAAUUAAAAUGAACACAAACAAAA